AUGGAGAUGCUUCAUUUGCUGCGGUUGGUGAUUUGUGCAGCGGUGCUAACCACCACUUUCACCGACAUAGUCCAUUCGUCAUCACACCAAAAAUACUGUGGCAAGCAGAUCACGAAGGCAUUGAUGGCGUACGGUGCGGUUAAGUGGUCAGAAUUACGAGAGUCGAGGUGUGAUGAACCAAUUUUGGGAGCUACUGGUGCUCCCCUUGAUUUGGCAAGUGAUGUUGAUGUCAGUGACCGAAGAAGUCAUCAUACUCUCGGAAAUUCUAGGCUUUCUUCUCUGCAGAAAGAUCUAGCUAAAGAAAUGAAGGUAAAGGAUGGCUUGGAAAAGUUCAUGUCAUCCAACACUUCCGCCAGCCGAAGAUAUCUGGAAGAUUCUAAAAAUAUGCUCGCUAAUAAUAUACAACAGCAGCGAGGCUUCGGCAACAAUUUCAAGUUCUCUGGUUUCCCAGCCGUCGGCUCCUAA